GUUACAUUAAACAUCUGUUCAUAGCUUUUUGAGGAAAACAACACGUAGCGUUUAUAAAUAUUUUUGUAUUUGUCACGAAAAUACUCAUGUAAAGGAAUUGCGACUCUCAACAUGAAAAUGAAGAACUCCUACGUGAUGAUAACGAAAAUAGCACUGCUGCUUAGUUUUAUAAUUUUAGCGGGGUCCCACGAAGCCAAAGAUUUUGACGAUUCAAUUUUGUACAAAAUUGAUUUUGAAGUACCGGAAUUGAUAGGACAGCCAGACUUGGGCAAUCAGCUGCGAACUUUCUACACACCGGACAAGGAGAAAUACGACUGUUUGAUUCCCACUUUAGAGCACCAAAAGGAGGAGGAGAAGUCCGACAAGCCGGAGUUGUCUCCCAUUAGCCUGCUUCAGCCCAUUUUCUCCGCUUUGACCUGCACGUACCGCAUCGAAGCCUACUGGUCCUACGAGAUCUGCCAUGGCCACCAUGUGCGUCAGUAUCACGAGGAGCGCGAGGGCAAGAACGUCAAGUUCCAGGAGUACUACCUGGGCAAAUGGACCGACGACAAGACGGAGUGGCUAACGAAGGCCUGGGAAUCGGACCUCAAGGCGGGCAUUAAGCCAAAGUACAAGAGCCUCAAGAUCGACAACACACGGUAUCCCUACUUCGAGAUGGAGUACAGCGAUGGCACAAUGUGCGACAUCAUUGACGCUCCGCGCACCACAAUGGUGCGCUACGUUUGCUAUCCGCAUGGCAAGGACGACAUUUACUCCUUCAAGGAGACCUCCUCCUGCAAUUACGAGGCCAUUAUCCUCUCUUCGACGCUCUGCGCCAUCCGUGGCUUUCAUGCCGAGGAGACCAAGGAGCUGUCCAUACAAUGCUUCAACUCCGAAUCCGAGCCUCACAGGCCGUUGAGCAUGCUGCGGUCGGAGCUGAACGAAUGGGCUGAAUCUGAGGCCGAUUUGCUGGUCUCCAAGGAAAAGGAGGGCAAGCCGCCAGCAAAACUGUGGCCCAAAACGGAUGGCGAUAUGAUCACGUUUAAGUACAGCGGCGAUAUGGACAAAGUCAUACUGGAGCUGAUCAGUAAUGGAGACCUUGAGGUGGACGGCGACUACCAGCAGCUGCUGUUGUCGCGAGCAGCCUCUGGAACAGGGCCCACGCCCAUUACAGAUCUGACGCCCAUCAAGGACUUUAUUUCGGGCAAGCACUGCCUGACUGGGGGCAACGGCUGGUGGAAGUAUGAGUUCUGCUAUGGACGACAUGUGCGCCAGUUCCAUAAGGAUAAGAACAGUGAGGUGGAGCUGUUUCUGGGAUAUUUCUCUGAGGAUGAUCAUCGCAUUUGGUCAGUUUCGAAUCCGGAUAAAGGAGCCCGUCGUGCCGGUUUUACGUCGUCCAUUUGGCACCAUUAUGGCAAGGGCACCCACUGCGAUCGCACUGGAUUGCCACGCGAAGUCGAUGUGAAACUAACCUGCACACCGGUGACCAACAGCGGCACUGCCGUGUCCAUGUAUCUGUUGGAGCCCAAGACCUGCCAGUACAUCCUGGUCGUGGAGUCGCCCACCAUUUGUGAUCUCAUGCACUAUGCCGAUGCCCAUGGCCUGGUGAAGACGGAAAAUCUGCACAAGGUUCUGGCUACCGGAACCGAAAAAUCGGCCACUACCACGGCUCCCGCUCCUGUUCCGAGCCCAGAGGAGGAGAUCCGCUCUUAGAUUGUCCUUCUGUUCUAGUGAAUUAAUUUUAAAUACAUUGAUUGUAAUUUUAAA